CAUGUACACACACAAAAAAAAACACAAAAUCCAACAAAAAUUCAGGUUUUGCAAUCAUCCACUUCCAAAAGUACUCAAUUUAAGUGCAAUAGGUUGGAUCUUUCUUCAAACCCAGAAAGCCAUUUCACCGAAAUUUGUGUUCUCUCUCUCAAACAACCCCAAUUUUGCUCAUUCCUGUAGCCCUUUCUCGUACCCAUCAAGCAAACCCUUCAUCGAUCGAGUUUCAAAACCAAACCGAGAAGCCAAACGGUUUUGAUCGAGACACAGAUAUGUGGGUAUUGUCAAUUCGCGACCCAGUCAGAUUGUGAGGAGAGUUUUUUGGUCGGAAAUUGGAAAAUUUAUGGGCGGCGAUCUCCGAGAACCAAGCGUUGGCGCGGCGGAGGUGAGGCCGGUGGUGACGUCACCUCCGCCGCUGCCGAUUGGGGCGGCGCGUUGGGACAGAGCAGAGGAAGCGACCCAGAAGAUUAUUUGCCAGGUUCAGCCCACCGCCGUGUCGGAGGAAAGGAGAGGGAAAGUCAUAGACUAUGUUCAGAGGUUAAUCAGAGGUUGUAUUGGUUGUGAGGUCUUCCCAUUUGGAUCGGUACCACUAAAAACAUAUCUUCCUGAUGGAGACAUUGAUUUGACAGCCUUUGGUGGUGCAAGUUUUGAGGAUGCUUUGGUGAAUGAUGUGGUAGCUGUACUUGAAGCGGAAGAUCAAAAUGGGGCUGCUGAAUUCGUAGUGAAGGAUGUACAACUAAUUCGGGCUGAGGUUAAGCUUGUUAAAUGCAUUGUUCAGAAUAUUGUGGUGGAUAUCUCCUUCAAUCAAUUAGGAGGGCUCUGUACACUCUGCUUUCUUGAGCAGGUUGAUCGCCUCAUUGGCAAAGAUCAUCUCUUUAAACGCAGUAUCAUAUUGAUUAAAGCGUGGUGCUAUUAUGAAAGUCGUAUCCUCGGUGCUCAUCAUGGCUUGAUUUCUACAUAUGCAUUGGAGACUUUGGUUCUAUACAUCUUCCAUUUCUUCCAUUCAACGUUGAAUGGCCCUUUAGCAGUUCUAUAUAGAUUUUUGGACUAUUUUAGCAAAUUCGAUUGGGACAACUACUGCAUUAGUUUAACUGGUCCAGUUCGUACAUCCUCAUUGCCAGAGAUUGUGGCUGAGAAGCCUGAAAAUGGUGGGAGUGAUCUACUACUUAGUAAUGAUUUUCUUAGGUGUUGUGCGGACAAGUUCUCAGUUCCUUCAAGAGGGGUCGACAUAAAUUCGCGAACGUUUCCCCAAAAGCACCUCAACAUAAUCGAUCCACUAAAAGAAAACAACAACCUUGGUCGCAGUGUCAGCAAAGGAAAUUUCUUUCGAAUACGGAGUGCUUUCGCAUAUGGGGCCCGGAAACUUGGGCGAAUCCUUUUGCAGCCAGAAGAUGACAUAGCUGGCGAACUCACUAAUUUUUUCUCCAACACUUUGGAUAGACAUGGAAGUGGACAGCGGCCCGAUGUUCAAGAUCCAGUCCCCAUGUCAGGUCACAACGGUUUUGUUCUUGCUUCGUUACCUUCACAAACCGAGUCAUGUCAAGAAGAGAAGGAAAUUUCUGAACUAAAAUCUGCUAAUUCAGUUCGCAUAAACGGAUUAUGCAAGUUGGAUCCUGAUGGAUCAUCCGACAAUGGAACCGUGAAUGGACAUCAAAAUGGAUCUAUGAAAGUGGUUAACUCCACAUUGUUCUUGGAAGCCUAUGGUUCUGUAAAUACCCAUAACCGUUUUUCUGGGGAUGCGGAAGAUCUUGCAACUUCCAGAAUUCAUGGUCUUAAAAUUUCUAAUGAGUCACCUAAAGCUUCCCAUCGAAGUGGCGAGGAGAGUAUGUCCCAACGGGGUUUUGCAUAUCAUGCUCCUCAUCUCUAUUUCUCGAGAAAUGGGAAGCCGGGAUAUGGAAACUCUGAGACUAAAGAGGUAGAAUCGUCUGGUUUAACUGCAGAGAGAGUUUCUUCUGGGCUCGUGCCGGUGCCUGAUGAAGGAACAGGCAUUUUUGUGGGCCAUGGCCGGGACGAGAACUUGUCAGUUGGUAAUCACGAGCACCUCACCACCAUAGGAUCAAGGGAUGUUGGCUAUCGGGAAAAGACCUCAAUACGUGCCGCUCGUAGUCCGGAAUAUGAAUAUGUGAACUCAUUGUCAGAUCUCAGUGGGGAUUAUGACAGUCACUUAGGCAGUUUGCUAUAUGGUCGUCAGUGUUGCUAUGAGCACUCAAGUGUGCCUGUUUUGUCUGUGCCGCCUCCACCAUUGCCCUCCCAGUUUCAGAGUAAGAGUCCAUGGGAUGUGAUUCGGCAGCAUUCAUAUCAGUUCAAGCGGAAUGGGUUUUCCAAUGUGAAUGCUAAUGGUGUAAUUCCGAGACCAGCUUUCUACCCCUUGAACACAAUGCUAAUACCAGGAACAACCUUUGGUGUGGAUGAGGUACCAAAGCCGCGAGGAACGGGGACAUAUUUCCCAAAUGCGAACCGGCCUCCAUACCAGAACCCUUCGACUGGGAGGGGAAGGAAUCAGGGACCAAUGAGGUCUCCUCGUAACAAUGGGAGGGCAGCGACACCAACAGAGGCAAACUUGCUAGAUCGAAGGAGUCGUGAACUAUCAUCACAAGCACAAUUUUCUGAUCAAGUCAAUGGGACGCUUGGGUCAUCAGAUUACUGUGAUUCUGGUUCUCCUAGUGGAAAGGUGCCCCCUGAUGUCAAUGGUUUUGGGCACGUUCCAUCAGGCGUGCCCUCGCCAGAAAGGACUGGCCAACUGAAUUCUGCUUAUAUGCUCACUCAAACUUCUACUCAAAGCCUUCCAACACCGGGGAUGCAAAAGUCACAACCUGUACCGGGUAUGAAUCAAGAUAGGGUUUUGUCAAAAUCAUCAUACCAUCUGAAGGAUGAUGAGGAUUUCCCGCCUUUGUCUAACUGAUUGUGGUGGGAAGGGAUGCUGUAUUUAUAUCGGCUCAGAAUAGAAUAGAAUAUGCUAACAAACCCGCAUAUGCUAGAACUUUCUGCGUUUGUCACUCAUUUCUAGAUUGCGUGUGAUUUUAGAAAAAGGAACCUUUUUCUCCCCAGUGUAAGCAUAAAGGCCUUUUGUACAUUCUCCUAAUUACUUUGCCCAUCUAAAAGCUCUACAUCUUUGCAUUACAUUGAAUUGUUGUCUAUAUAUAGGAUUUUUAAACCUAUGGUCUUUGAAACCGGUUUUGUUUUGACUGUUCCCCGCUGUAGUUUAGUUGUGAACACAGAAGCAUUUGUUGCUGCAUAGGUGAAAUGUAACUUAAACUAGUAUGUUCUUUUGUAACUGGAAUGAUAAAUCUUUUCGUAUCUGACCCCACUAGAUUGGGACACAAGGCUUAGCUUUGUUUGAUUUAAUGAUAAACUUUCUUCUCUCAGUUGCAUUCA